AUGGAAAACUUUGCGAGUCACCAGGAUAUUCGAGGGAGACCAACGAGUCUCAGCUCAGUGAUGGGACUAAGUACGCCUGAGAGCGACCUGUCUCUGCCAUUCGAAGAAAACCUCACUGACCUAGUCCAUGACUAUCGCACUAAUGAAGAAAGCUUGUUCGUCGAAAAUGCAAAAAGAAGAACAAGAAGUAUAGACUCUAUAGGAGAACUCAUACGGGAACUAAAGGAGAUAAAAAUAAAUCAACUCCAACAAUGCGAAAAAGUGGAAAAGGAUCUGGUGAAGUCAUUGACCCCUUUGCACAUCGCAGCAGUGAUGGGGGAUGCAUCAGCUGUCGAAAGGCUUGUCAGGGAAGGUGGCCAUGAUGUAGAUCCACUAUCUAAAGAUCAGCGGACCCCACUUAUCAUGGCAUGCUCAUCAGGUAAAACUGACACCAUUCGCACUUUGGUACACCUCGGAGCCAAUGUCAAUGCUUGUAGUGAAAGUGGUAUGACACCCUUAAUAUUGGCUUCUUUAAACGACGAUAAGACCACGAUUCGCCUUCUAUAUAAACGUGGGGCGAAGGUGAAAUGGAAAAACUCAAUGGGCCUAGCAGCCCUACACUUUGCGGCAUCUAAUGGAAAUGUAAACGCUGUUAGGGAACUUUUAAAGAGGGGAAGCGACCUCGAUUCAAAAACAAAUGAAGGAUGUACCCCGCUGCACUUAGCUCUCCUAAAUGUGCAACAGAAUGCUAUCGAGGAACUGAUCAGCAGUGGGAGUGAUCUUCACGCAAAGGAUCAACAUGGAUACUCUCCAAUGCAUUAUGCAGUCUUCUCGGGAAAAGCUCACAUAACAAAAAUUCUUCUCAAUUACAAAGCUGAUGUCAAUGCAAAAGACAACUGCGAAUUCACCCCGCUGCAUUUUACAGCACAAACAAAUUGUGUUGAGGUUGCUAAGGAACUUAUACAACAUGGAGAAAAAUUUAAUGCACAAGCGAAGGACGGCAUCACUCCGCUGAUGAUUGCUGCAUUUCAUAAUAGCACACACGUUGGGAAUUUACUGAUAAGCAGCGGAGCAAAACGGAAUGCGAAUAACAAAGCUGGAAAAACAGCUCUUCACUUCGCUGCUCUCAAAGGAAAUGUUCAGUUUACCCAGUUUCUGAUCGAUGUUGGUGUCCAUGUUGAUGCAGUCGACAACAAUGGAAAUACAGCAUUACACCGCGCCUCGCAAAAUGGACAACACAGAACCCUAGAAACACUUUUGCAAGCAGGAAGCAUGGUAAAUGCCAAGAACGAUAAAGGCCUGACGCCGCUCAUGAUAGCAUCAAACAAUGGCCAUGUAAAGUGUUGUAAACAUCUCAUUAACUUCAAGGCUAACUUGGAUGCACCCCAUCACACAACUGGAACCACCUGUCUUCAUUUUGCAUCAGAGAGAGGUCAUUCGGAUGUUAUCCAGUUGCUGAUCGAAAAUGGUGCAGACGUUUCUGCAAAAGACAAACGGGCUCUUACGGCCCUGCAUAGAGCGUCAAAGAAUGGACAUCUUGAAACAGUCAAAGUCCUCUUGCUGCGUGGAAGCGAUCCAAACAGCAGGGACAGCUGGAGCUACACUCCCUUGCAUCGGGCAGCGGAGUGUGGUCGCACUGAAACAGCUACUUUACUUAUUAAACAUGGGUCUCAUAUCUCCGCCACUGACAAAUGGAAGUUUACGCCACUGCAUAGAAGUGCCAGCGAAGGCCAUGUCAACACUGUACGAACCUUACUGCUACAUGAUAGCGAAAUACAUGCAAUUGAUUGUCUGGGAUACACACCACUCCACAGAGCUGCAGAACGUGGCCACACGGACGCCUGUCGAUUGCUAAUCAGAAGUGGGAGUAGCGUGCGAGCAACUGACUUUCAAGGGUUCAUUCCACUUCAUAGAGCUUCACAGAACGGACACAAAGAGACUGCAAAGCUUUUACUAAGGGAGAAAAGUGACAUUAAGGCGAGAACAUACACUAUAAAUUUGUCAUCAUCGAGCCUGAAUUUACGAACAAAUUCCUCAACGGGUCAGAAUGGCGUCGCAGAGGAAAGCCGCCGUCAAGAUGGCCAUACGUCACUUCAUUUAGCUUCAGAGAAUGGUCAUAAGGAAACAGUCGAGUUAUUACUGAGAGAAGGCGCUGAUGUCAAUGCUCUUGAUCACUGCGAUUGUUCAGCAUUGCACAAGGCAUCAGAAAAUGGUCACACCUCCGUUGUGGAAUAUUUGCUUCUCAAAGGGAGCAACAUCAACGGUACGGACAAAUGGAGAAACACUGCUGUACAUCGUGCAGCACAAAACGGACACACAGAUACUGUUGAAAGUUUGCUGGCUAAUCGUGCCAGUGCACAUGCAGUAAAUCAAUCCGAGUCCACGCCCCUGCACUGUGCUGCGACAUCCGGACAUCUGGAAACAGUCCAAGCUCUGAUAGUCGUGGGAGGAAGCAACAUUCAUGCUAAAGAUUCACGUGGACACACGCCUCUGCACCGUGCUGCUCAAAAUGGUCAUACUCAAGCCGUGGAUUGCCUUCUUAGACAAGGUAGUGACGUGAAUUCGUCGAGUAAAGAGAAGUCGACGCCACUAGUUCUUAGCGCGUAUGGUGGCUUUACAGACACUUGUUGCGUGCUUAUUAAAUAUGGUUGCUCAAUAAAUAACUCAAUGAGUAGUGGACUCACGGCCCUUCACCUUGCUGCUCAGAACGGACACACGAAAACUUGCGAACUGCUAGCGACACGUGGGGGAAACGUACACGCUAAAGACAACUGGGGUUAUACGCCAUUACAUCGGGCGGCGCACAACAACCACAAAGAAACUAUCCAAGCUUUGUUGACGCAUGGCAGUGAUGUAACAUCCGCUGACAAAUUCGAAUUUACUGCAUUACAGCGCGCAGCGCAAAGAGGACACAGGGAAUCUUUGGAACUUCUCACAUCACAUGCGAUUCAGAGAAUGAGGAGGCACAGUACUUUGGAUCCUCCCAGGGGGAGACAUGUUCACUUUGAGAAAGCAGACUCUGACUGCAAUACCUGCCGAAUGAUGGGCCUCUACAUCAUCCCAGAAGAUAGCAACGACGAAAACAUCGGAGAGACUCGGAAAAGACGGCAAAGAUUUCAGACAAUGUGA